UGCAAUAGUCGUGGAAUAUCAUUUUCAUACCUGUAUACACGUAUGGUCUAUUAUAACAGACAGUCAAAAAUAAGAUGCACACGACCGCCCUUUUUCACUGCGAUUAUGUCUGGCUUCGUUACUGUUAUCGAAAAAACAAAGACAUACUGAGCGGGAUCAUAAAAGCAUUGCUCAUGUGAAUGGUGUCUAAAAAAGUUCAAGUAUCUGAGCCUCACAAACGCAGUCAUUUCUGAACGGUCCACAAUGUAUCAAUUUGUCCCUGUAUUACCACGUAGCGAAGUGCCUAUAUUAUACAUCGAUGCGUCGUUGCGGGUGUAACAUGGCAUACGAGUGUCGGUGGCGAACAAACCCGACUGGUCCCGAGCGAUUAAUCAUUCCAAUCAUCCCGGGUGAAGUCGGACGAAGGGGAAGGAUUUUAAGUAGACCAGAGUAAAUUGCCGUUCCCGUUGGUUUUCGGUAGUUCGUGUACGUUAGCCGAGUAGCAAGGGAGUUUUCAAGACCGGUCACGAACUUUCCAACCCCCGCGACGUAUCUGCCGAUCGGUGAAUGGGAUGAGGACGCGGAGGGAAUGGCGGAUAGCGAGCAGAUGCAAUGCAUUUCCUUCGGAAACAAUUUAAACGACGCUUCUCCCCGUUACGUCGACGCGGAGCGGAUAAAGGCGAGAAGGGCGCCGGGCGAGAAGAGGAGGACGCCGAAGAAGCGGCGGACAGAACGAAAGGAAACGAGACGGAGGACGAAAGAAGGUGCCUACCUACUCUAGAAAUGGAGCAAAUCGUGAGUGGCGAUGUGUGGCCGGGCAGAAUACGACGGCGUGGCGGGCCAGGGCACAGCUCAAAGCCAUGCGUGGAAUGUAAUUGUCGGAGGAUGAAGAAUGCACCAACGACCGACAAAGACGUUGUUACUCUACAACCCUCCUCUUCUUCUCUUUCUUUAUUCUAUACACGCGCCAAGGCAACUGCAGUUUGCGACCUUACCGACUGUUCGUCAGCGAGGAUUCUGUCGAAUUUGUGGAGAUUUUGGUCAGAACACAGAGGUGGUGGAAGUGGAUAGUCUUGGACUUUCAAGGACUCCAAAUCUCAAGGUUGUCAAGUACUUACAUCCCCAAGUCCUUAAAUUUCAAAUCCCUGGAUGCCUAACUCUCAGAGUCCUCAAAUCUCAAGGUUUCCAAGUACCUACAUCCUCAAGUCUCUAAAAUCCAAAUUCCUGGAUGCCUAACUCUCAAAGUCUCCAAGUCUCAAGGUUCCCAAGUCCCUGAGUUCUGAAUUCCUGGAUGCCUAACUCUCAGAGUCCUCAAAUCUCAAGGUUUCCAAGUACCUACAUCCUCAAGUCUCUAAAAUCCAAAUUCCUGGAUG